AUGUGCAUCUUCUGCGAGAGAGCCAGGGCCUCUCUCGACGACCCACUGGCAGGGCUCGACGGCGUAGGGGGUUGGGAUGCUGACAGCUCCACCACCACCACCACCGGCGGCAGUUCCAGCAGGUUCAACAGGGGUCCUAGGGGCAGCAGGGAAGCAACCCUUACCCUGCGCCAGAAGCGCGAGGCCGAGCGAUGCGAGGAGCUCAAGCGGAGGGCGCGCUUGCCGGUGACGGUCAUCACGGGCUUCCUGGGCGCGGGGAAGACGACCUUCGUGAACCACCUGCUGUCGGCGCGGCACGGGCGGAAGCUCGCGGUCAUCGAAAACGAGUUCGGAGAAGUCGCGAUCGACGACGCGCUGUUGGGGGACGGCGGCGUCGAGAGGGGAGAGGAGGCCCAGCAGGUCAUCCUCAUGCCCAACGGUUGCAUGUGUUGCAGAGUCAGGGGCGACCUGGUGGACGCGCUCAAGCGGCUCAUUGUCAGCGCGAGCGAGCGCGCCUCUUUGGGCGACGGAGACGCGCCUCAGCAGACACAGCAAGAGGCAGACAAGUCACCGCCACCGCCGUCCCCCGGCGGCGAUCCACUUGGCGGUGCCGCGGCGCCGGCGGUGGCGCCGCCAUCUUCCGAGGCUGCUGUUGCUCGGGACACCGCUACUGCGGGAGGGGUAGAGGCGGCGCCGGCGCCGGCGGUGGCGGGGGCCCAGUUGGACGGGAUAAUCCUGGAAUGCUCUGGUCUCGAUGAACUCGCCCCCGUGCUGCAGGGCAACGGCGAUGCGAAGAGCUCAACGCCGGUCGAGGAGGGCGCGGAAGAAGAAGAAGAAGCGGCCGACUCGAGCGCUGCUGCUGCUGCUGCUGCUACCCUGGUGAAGAGCCAGCUGGCCCUGUCGGAUCGAGUCCUGCUCAACAAGUCGGACCUCAUCUCUCCUGCUCAAGGGGAUGCUCUGGUGGAUGCCGUCAAGGCGAACUUCCCCGGCGCGGCGGUGACGCGCUGCGAGCGCGGCAAGGUGGACGUGGAUCUCGUCCUGGGGGUAGAAAGCUUCUCGCUCGACAAGGCUCUGGAGAUGGACAAGCACUUUGCGGACAUCCUCGCCGACAAGAAAAAGAACUCCGACAAGCACGACGGCCACCACCACCACCACCGCCACGGGGAAGCCAAGGCAAACACGCCACCUCACGGGGGGGGCGAGAAGAGCGCAGCGGCGGCAGCAUCAUCCCCGGGUCGCGAUCAUCGACACGCGCACGACCGCCUAGGGGCGCAGAGCGUCGGGGUGGAGGUUGCGGAGGGGCCGAUCGACUGGACCAAGUUCACCUCGUGGCUCAAGGGCUUCCUCGAGAAAGAAGGCGAGGAGUUGAUCUGGAGGCUGAAGGGGGUGUUGUGGACGACCGCCGCUAAUGGGAGCGGCGCCGCGACGACGUGGGGCUGGGGGGCCGGGAGGCGAACGGUAGUGCAGGGACUGUACGGCCACUUCGAGUCCGAGGUGUCUGAUUGGCCCGCCGGGGCGACACGCGUCUCUCGGAUGGUCUUCAUCGGCGACCUGUCUCCCAGGGUACAGGAGGCGCUUCGAGCGGGGGUCCGCUCGUGCGUUGCGGUACGCCGAGCCCGGCCCCCGCCCCCGAAGCCGCGCGCCAUCGCAGGAAGGGAGCGUGGUAGCGGUGUCGGCGGCGGUGGCGGUGGAUUCGCGUCUCGCCUAGGGGCCGUCAAGUUUGGGGGAGGGGGAAACGAUCUGUUCUUGUAG